AUGCCGCGUGGAAGAAACCGCCGAUCAGCCGCUGAUGCGGUUGCACGACCACUCGCCCUGGCGCUCGCUCUCGUCUCUACCCUGCCUCGCGCCGCGCACUCGCAGGAUCUGGCGCUGCCACCACUCCCGCCACCUGGUCGGAGGCCGACGACAUGCGACAACGUCCCGGAGCCCUUCGGCAUAAGGCCUAGAGGCGCGUCGUCUCUGCCUGGCGGCUUCUGGGUGAUAUGCGGGCCAAACAGGGAGGCCAUGCUGUCCAUCGGCGAGCAAGAGUACAGAAUCGAUUCCGUGUCGGUGCCGGACAGCUACGUGGUCAUCUUCGCGGAGCCCAUCACACAGGUGUGUUACGACGGCAAGGGCAAGCCGACGCCCGGGGCAAAGAGUUUGGACGGGACGGCGUUAACUUGGAGCUUGGAAGGGACGCCGUUCACUUUCUCCCAGAGAAACAAGCUGGUCAACUUCGGCUGCAACCGCACGCUCAUGGCUAACUUCCUCAACCUGCCCGGUGAUCCCAGCCCGCUAUACACCAGCUGCACCACCACGUGCACCACCUCCAACAUCAGCGGCUCUUGCCAGGGGGAAGCCUGCUGCGAGGCCUCCAUGGACCAGAUGAACGGCGCCAAGAUGUUCAGCCUAUUGUUCGAAAGGACCACGGCGAACGGCACCGACGACGGCGAGGAGGACGGAACCUGCAGCGCGGCGUUCUUCCUGGACAAAGACGAGGCAGUCUUCAAUUUCAGUGGCGACGAGGUACGGCCGCUAAAAAAGGCCUUGUCGCCGCAACGUGAGCGCAGGAUGAUUUUGGAUUGGGCGUUUGGGAGCACCACCUGCGACCAAGCUCAGAGCUACACAUUCGAGCCACUGUGCAAGUACGGGUACGGCACCUGCGUCGACGCGCCCAGCGGAGCGGGCUAUCUCUGCAAAUGCCCUGACGGGUACGACGGAAAUCCGUACGUCAGUGACGGAUGCCAAGACAUCAACGAAUGCCGGAACUCCAAUAGUAACAACUGCACCUAUCAGAACCUCUGCAACAAUACUUUGGGAGGCUAUACCUGUUCUUGCCCCGAGAACAAUAUUGGUGACGGUUACAGGACAGGAACAGGCUGCAACACCGCUCUUGUGACACCUGGUACCGGCGUGUGUAAUCACACAGAAAAGAACCCUUGCACAUACAUUAAGCACUGCUUUGAUUCGGAAGGAGUUGUUUUUUGCGACUGCCCUGAAGGGAUGAGUGGUGAUGGCCAGAAAAAGGGUAGUGGCUGCUAUUUUGGCUCUCAAAAGCACUUUCCUCUAGACACAGUUUUGGGUGUAGGUCUUGCACUUAUGGUUACAGUGACCACCGCUGUGUCGUUCUACUGCUGGGCGAUAAAGAAAAGAGAGCUAGGAAGAAACAGAGCAGAAUUGUUCAGGAAGAAUGGUGGCUUACUACUGCAGCAGAGAUUUUCAACAAUCACGUCUCAAGGAGAGGACCAAUCAGCAAAGAUAUUUAGUGCAGAAGAGCUAAAGGCUGCUACUGACAACUACAGCGAGAGUCGAAUCCUUGGCCGAGGUGGACAUGGCACAGUGUAUAAGGGCAUUCUUGCAGAUCAAACUAUAGUCGCCAUAAAGAAGUCCAAGGUGUUCGAUGAGUGCCAAGUGGAGCAAUUUGUCAAUGAGAUUGCCAUCUUGUCACAGAUUGAUCACCCAAAUGUUGUCAAGCUUUUGGGAUGCUGUCUAGAGACACAGGUACCAUUGUUGGUUUAUGAGUUCAUACCUAAUGGAACACUCUUCCAGCACAUCCACAACAGAAAUGCACCUCGCCCUCUAACAUGGGAAGACUGCUUAAGGAUAGCUGCAGAAACUGCAGAUGCACUUGCCUAUCUGCACUCCACAUCUUCUGCACCAAUCAUACACAGAGACAUCAAAUCAAGCAACAUUCUGCUGGAUGAGAACUUCGUGGCUAAAAUAGCAGACUUUGGUGCAUCAAGAUCAGUCCCAUUUGAUCAAACUCAUAUAACUACUCUUAUUCAGGGGACUAUUGGGUACCUUGAUCCUGAAUAUUUCCAAACCAGUCAGCUAACUGAGAAGAGUGACGUUUACAGUUUCGGAGUUGUUCUUGCAGAACUAUUGACCAGGCAGAAACCUAUUUCUGCAGCAAGGCCGGAAGAAUCAUGUAACUUGGCUAUGCAUCUGGUGGUUCUAUUUAAUGAACGGCGCUUACUUCAGGAGAUAGAGCCGCACAUUUUGGCCGAAGCAGGCGAAGACCAAUGUUAUGCCGUUGCAGAGCUUUCAGUACGGUGCUUAAACGUGAAGGGAGAAGAACGGCCUGCCAUGGUGGUGGUGGCUUCAGUUUUACAUGGUCUAAGAAGGUCAUUCACCAUAGACCAGACUGCCACAAGAAAAGAUGAAUGGGCAGGGGGAAAUAGUGAACAGGAAGAGAAACAUCUACGUGAGCCCAGACCAAUUCCCAGUUUGCAGUCAUCAGAAGUAAGCACACAAUGCAGCAUGGAGGCUGAAAUGUUGUCUUCUUCUCAUAUGCCAAGAUGA